UGCAUAACAAACACAUUGCAAAUGACUGCAGGUCGCUGACAGAGGGUGCAUCUCACAAGCUAUAGGAUGCGGGUAGAGAACGUUCAGGGUUUGAACAUGGCGGUUUGUUCAGGUAGUUACAGAGAAUCCGCUCACGGUACACAGCGGUCCGGAAGCUACAGGGCACCAGCCAGGGGCAUGGUCGUGAGGUCUCCUUUACCCAGCUCCAGGCACCCGCUGCUUCUAGCAGGAUUGCUCUUCUCUUGGCUGGGCACUGUCACGUCUCAUCCACAGUGUUUGGACUUCAAACCUCCAUUCCGUCCCUCACAAGAGCUCACAUUCUGUGUCCAGUACAAGGAUUUUGGCUGUUGUGACGCUGCCCGGGACACCGAGAUCAUGGACACCUUCUAUAAGGUUAUGAGACACUUUGAUCAGUCAGGCUACGAGACUUGUGCAGGAUAUGUGCAGGACAUCCUAUGUCAGGAAUGUUCGCCAUAUGCUGCUCAUUUAUAUGAUGCUGAGGAUCCUUCUACUCCCGUCAGAACAAUUGCUGGACUUUGUAUGGAUUACUGUGUAGAUGUUUGGCGCAAUUGCAGGUCUAUAUUUCGACACAUGACAUCCGAUAAACAUUUAUUAUCUCUGGAAGGCAACAUGGCAAAAUUCUGUCGCUAUUUGGCACUAGACGAUAAUGACUAUUGCUUCCCUCAUUUGCUGGUGAAUUCAAAACUUACCAAAAAUCUUGGUUUGGUAACUGCUGACCCAGAGGGUUGUCUGCAGCUAUGUCUUGAAGAGGUGGCUAAUGGUCUUAUGAACCCUGUUGCCAUGGUUCAUGCAAAUGAUGGAACACACAGAUUCUUUGUUGCAGAACAAGUGGGUUUAGUAUGGACCUAUCUUCCUAACCGUUCCAGACUGGAAAAACCAUUUCUCAACAUCUCAAAAGCAGUGCUGACCUCGCCCUGGGAAGGAGACGAAAGAGGUUUUCUAGGGAUUGUAUUUCAUCCAAAUUUCAAACACAACGGAAAAGUCUAUGUUUACUAUUCAGUGGAAAUUAGAUUUGAUGAAAUCAUUAGAAUUAGUGAGUUUAAAGUUUCCUCUCAGGACAUGAACACUGUUGACCACGGCUCAGAAAGGAUUAUUCUGGAAGUAGAAGAGCCGGCAUCCAAUCACAAUGGAGGGGAAAUACUGUUUGGGGACGAUGGAUAUCUCUACAUAUUUAUUGGGGAUGGGGGGAUGGCUGGAGAUCCAUUUGGGAAAUUUGGUAAUGCGCAAAACAAGUCAACAUUGCUUGGGAAAGUAUUACGUAUUAAUGUGAACCACAAUGACCACGGCCCUCUGUAUAAAAUCCCUCCAGACAAUCCAUUCGUCAAUGACCCAGCGGCGCGACCUGAAGUCUAUGCAUACGGGGUGAGAAACAUGUGGCGCUGUUCUUUUGAUAGGGGAGACCCCAAGACAAAGGAAGGGAAAGGACGGCUUUUCUGUGGAGAUGUAGGACAGAAUAAAUUCGAAGAGGUCGACAUUGUAGAGAAAGGAAAGAAUUAUGGCUGGAGGGCAAGAGAAGGAUUCAGCUGUUAUGAUAAGAAACUUUGUGCCAAUUCCUCAUUAGAUGAUGUUCUUCCAAUUUUUGCUUACCCGCACAAAUUAGGAAAAUCAGUCACUGGAGGUUAUGUAUACAGAGGCUGUGAAUAUCCAAAUCUGAACGGGAUCUAUAUAUUUGGAGAUUUUAUGAGUGGGCGCUUGAUGACUCUUAAGGAGAACUAUGAAACAGGAGAGUGGAUGUACAAUGAAAUAUGUAUGGGAACAGGACAGACGUGCAUGUUUCCUGGAUUGAUUAAUAACUAUUACCAGUACAUUAUAUCAUUUGCUGAAGAUGAAGCAGGUGAACUUUAUUUCAUGUCCACUGGGGUGCCAAGUGCAACCUCACCAACGGGUGUUGUAUACAAGAUUGUGGACACUUCAAGGAGGGCACCACCUGGCAGAUGUCGCUUCCAUCCUGCACCAGUAAAAGUGAAAAGUAACAUUAUCGAGUUUGUGCCAAAAGAGAAGUUAAUAAUAAAAACGACUAAAGCUCCCAAGCCAAGACCUACAAAAGCCACAGGAAGAGCAAGGGGUACAGCAAAACCACCCACUACUCACACACCUGAUUGGGUGGAGCAAUUCUUAAAAGUAUUGCAGGGUUCUGAAGAUACAUCCAGAGGGCAAACGACUACCGCUAGGCCAACCACAACUAAACCACCAAGGAAAGGCGGAAAGAGCAGUGAAAGAAGGGGUCAUAAAAAGAAAAAUAAGGCAUCUAGCGGUACAGAGACCAUAAGUUCCUCUGAAGUCAAGAACGGAGCGGUGCGGCUAUUAAACAGCCAUAACCUGUCUGAUAGAGGUAGAGUGGAGAUAUUCAUCAAUGGAGAAUGGGGUACAGUGUGUGACGACCUGUGGAACAGCAAGGCUGCGGCUGUUGUAUGUCGUCAGCUGGGAUUUGCGCAAGUCGUGAAAGCCAGCAAACAAGCCGAGUUUGGGGAAGGGAGUUCCCUACGAAUUUUACUUGAUGAUGUGGAUUGCACGGGAAAGGAAAAGACUCUACUGGACUGUAAACACAAAGAUGUUGGCAAACACAAUUGCACUCACAGAGAAGAUGCAGGUGUUAUAUGCAGCCAUAAAGAACAAUAGCAAUUAAUCAAUCCCUUUGCUGCCAGAGGAACAUGAAAUGUACUAUAAUGCAAUAUGCAGCCAGAUGUUCUGGCAGUCAAGGGGUUGUGUUUAGAAUUAUUAUGAUCAGAUUUGUCGUUGUGAGGAACCAAAAAUUUGUAUGAUUUUUUAUGUAUUUUUAAAUACACCACUAGAGUGGAUGAAAAUGUCUAAAUCACACAUUGUUUAUCGCCACUGAGAUCGGAGGAAUUAGAUUUAGAUAUGUAAGGAUGAAUAUCAAUGGAAUAGUCACUAGCUAUUUCUGUAAAAUAAAUGUUACAUGUAUAGCAGCCUUUGGAACAAAACGUGUAAUAUUUUUUUUGUCAUUUUUUUUGUUUCUAUUAAUCCCUGAACCCUAAUAAACUAUUUUCUUCAUUUGUUUUAUAAGGGAAAAAUAUUUGAUAUCUUUGUGGACCACUGCCUAUUUUAGUUUAUUCAGUGCAUGGGUUAGUCACUGUUUAAGUUAAAUUAAAAACAAGCACACACAGCCAAUAGAAAUUCCUUAUUGGUCCAAAGGUGCUCUAAUAAAAGGGACAUUAAGCAUUAAGGGCUAGAUUAAGAGUGGAGCGCAAUUUUCCGCUCACACGUUAAUUUAGCUAGAUGGAAGCUUUUUGCGUAUGUCAGGAUGCUUUUGUAUUACAAGUUGAAAGUAAAAAGUUGAACUUUGAAUACUGUGACUGCAUUAACGUAUUUUCCCACAAACUCGUGAUUGUGUUUAUUCAAGUGCACUAAACCCGACAUGAAAUAUGAAUAUUUUGCAUUUUUGCAGUAUGUUAUAUUGUGAGGUAGCUCAGUUGGAAAUUGCCUUUGCUACAAAAAAAACCUGUUUAAAAGAUCCAAGGUUACAGGUUCAAAUCCCGGCAGGGCCGACUCAGCCCUUCAUCCUUCCGAGGUCGAUACAAUGAAUACUGUUAAAUUGGGUAAUAACAACUAUUCAGCUGCCGAUUUGGUUAAUUCAGAGAGCGAGCACUGGAAAAGCACUUUGAGUCCCACUGGGAGAAAGGCGCUAUAUAAAUACUAGUUAUUAUUAUUUAUUCUUAAUUAAAUAUAUAUAUGAUUAUUUUUACAUAUAUAUAUAUAUAUAUAGAAAUAUCUAUUUACAAAUACUUACAAAAACUUCCCCUAUGUGAAGAACAUUGGAAUGUGAAAUAUUUAAAAAAAAUUAAAAAAAUUUAAUCUGAAAUACUAUGGGAUCCAUUGUAAGCAAUCAGGAUUUUCUUGUAAAGUGCAUUGAGGUGGAUGAGACGUUAGGAAGCCAUGGUAAUGUUUGUAAACUUGCGUGAGCUCGCAAACAGCAUCUGCAUCUUAAAGGGACAUAAAACCCAAUAAAUUUAUUUCAUGAUUCAGAUAGAACAUACAAUUUUAAACAACUUUCCAGUUUACUUCUAUUAUUAAAUUUGCUUCAUUCUCUUUGUAUCAUUUGUUGAAGGAGCAGCAUUGCACUACUGGUUUCUAACUGAACAGAUAGGUGAGCCAAUGACAAUCAUUAUAUAUAUGCAGCCACCAAUCAGCAGCUAGAACCUAGGUUCUUUGCUGCUCCUGAGAUUACCUAAAUAAAUCGUUCAGCAAAGGAUAACAAGAGAAUGAAGUAAAUUAAAUAAUAUAAUUCAAUUGGAAAGUUGUUUAAAAUGGUAUGUUCUGUCUAAAUCAUGAGUGUCUUAUGACUUUACUGUCCCUUUAAUCAUGAAGCUCUAAGAAUGUGCAAAAGCUGUUUUCAUGAGGCCCAAAAAACAAUGCACACGUUGCUCAGGAUCCGGUCUCUUUCUCGACUGAAACACCAAACGGAGUGUUUAGAACGAGGAUAUGAUGUCAGGAGCUCCUAGCGUAACGUUGGAAUUUUAUCUUCCUCCUCCUAUACGCUUGUAUACUUUUUUAAGAUGGAACAAUAAAAGUCAAGUUUUAUACUCAUUGAGUCCCUGGAGUGCUGCCGUAUUUUCUUUUUCUUGUUUCCAUGAGGCCAUCGUGUGUGCGUAGCGAUUGUAAUCGCACAGCUAAAUUUAGGCUUCUAUAGCUUGUAGUAAAAUUUCUUUCCACAAACAAAAAGGACCACAUGACAAGUAUAAGUAUAUAUUUGUGCAAAAAAACCUUUAGAAAUAUGUAUUUAUGAAUAAAUAGAACAUAUUCUGCUAUGUGAAGAACAUUAUAAUAUGAAAUAUUCAUAUUUCAUGUUGGGUUAGCACGGAAUUAGUUUUUUUUCCCCAUUGUUUUUGCUCCAUUGAUUUCUAUGGGAAAUACAUAAACACGCACAUGAUAUUCUAACUUCGUGUUUUUGCGUUUGUUGGGUUAGCGUGCGAGCGAAAACAGUUUACUUUCAUCUCAUAAUACGAGCGCAACCAGACGAGCAAAAAGCUUACUUCUAGCACAAUUAACGCUCAAGUGGGAGCAAUAAAUAGCUCUCCAUUUAUAAUCUGGCACUUAAUCUUUGUAUGGAGAAUUAAAACUUGGUAUUUGCUCUGGGGUUGCAUUAUAUUUUUUAAUCUUUGAAAGAUUGUUUUUUAGUAAGAGAGAAAAAAAACAUGUAACGUAAAAUCUAUUUAACAAUUAAAAUUAGAGUUCUGUGUGUGAUUACAUCAUGUACUGAAGUUACACAUGGUUUUAAUAAACACAAUUUGUACACCAAAAUAAAAUUGUUCCAUCUGAUAAUACAAUA